AUAUCGACAUUUUCACAGCCGUCAACUACGUUGUGAUGGCAGGGAUUGCGCUUUCUUGUCGUUGUAUCCACCCGUUAAAAAGUUUAGUCAUCGGACGACUUGGGCAUUUGGGUAUCAACCUAGCUGCUCUAAAGGUAAUACAAGAUGCACCAAAGCGAACUAUUACCUUGGAUCACUUUAAGUACAAAAGUGAUAUAGGAGGUGGAAGAGGUAGAGAUGGAAGCUUGGCCCAUUGUCCAAAAUGUGGGUCAAAUCUGGAAUACUUAGAUGCAGAUAGAACAUUUGUACGUUGUGUGUCAACAACAUGUAGUUUUAUGUUCACUGAUGGACCUCAACUACAUGAACAUGUACCAGAAGAAGCAAAGACUCCGACACCAAGAAUGAUACAUGAAUUCUUAAACAAACAUGUGACGGGACAGCAUAGAGCCAAGAAAGUGCUAGCAACUCAGACAUACAAUCACUACACAAGGAUAAAACACUACCAGGCCCAGAAAGCAAAAUCUGCUCCUGUGCAAUCAUAUAUGGAUUGCUACAGCAUGGACACGCAGAAUCCUUUGGGAAAGCUCAAUCGACCUGAUGCUUUAUUGGCUGUAUCUGGCUCCCCCAUGCUGAACAGGCAGUCACCUCCACCUCCUGCACAGUCAAUGACACAACUGCAACCCACAGUAGUCGAGGAUAAAGAAGAAGAUGUAAUGCUAGACAAAAGUAAUAUUCUUCUGCUCGGACCAACAGGAGUUGGAAAAACUCUGCUGAGCUCUAAGCUUGCUGAGUGUCUAGGGGUACCUUUUGCAGUAGGAGAUUGUACUACAUUGACAUCUGCAGGCUAUGUUGGGGAAGAUGUGGAAGGUGUCUUGUCAAGGCUUCUACUGAAUGCCAACAAUGAUGUGGAAAAGUGCGAAACAGGUAUAAUAUUCCUGGAUGAGAUAGACAAGAUCAAGGUGCCUAGAUAUAACAUUGGCCGUGAUGUUGGUGGGGAGGGAGUGCAGCAGGCCUUUCUCAAGACACUGGAGGGCACCACAACUACUGUAUCACUGAAAAACAAGAAGAAUGAACUUAUUCAAAUAAACACCAGAAACAUUCUCUUUAUUGCAUCAGGAGCGUUUAUAGGAUUAGACAAGAUAAUACAGGCUCGAGUAUCAGAUAAGGACUUUGGAUUUGGAGCACGCUUCAAUAAAAAAGAGGACAUAACAGGAGCUGAUAAUGAAGAAGGAUUAGAUGAAGAUAGUGCUCAACUUGAUGGCAUCUUAGAAAAAGUGGAAGCUGUAGACUUAAUGAAGUUUGGAAUGAUUCCAGAAUUAUGUGGUCGUAUUCCCAUAUUGGUAUCACUACACUCUUUAGGCGUAAACAGUCUUGUAAAAAUUCUUACGGAGCCAGUGAAUGCACCAGUACGCCAGUAUAAAAAAAUAUUUGCUGAAAGUGGUUCUGAUAUAGAAUUUGAAGAAGGAGCUUUACGAGCUGUUGCGGAAAUGGCAAUGGAAAAGAAAACAGGUGCUCGUGGUCUCAGGGCAGUUCUUGAUGAGCUACUAUUGACAGCAAUGUAUGAUGUACCAGGGUCCAAAAUAGUAAAGGUCACAUUGACGGAGGAUUGUGUAAGAAAGGGGACACCUGUAGUGUAUACUAUGUCUGAUGAGGAGGAGGAGGAAUGUUUACGAGUCAACACAACUGCCUAACAAACAAUCUAUUUAAGGCGAGUUAAAAAAGUGGCCUGUUAGCUUGCUUGUUCUAACUCAAGAUCAACUACAUAAAGAUGGUUGACUAGAUUGUCCCAUCUCAAAGUAGUCUACCAGGCCCCACUUGUAUAAAACAUCUCAACUUGAGAUUUCCUCAAGUCGAGAUUUUCCUAAGCUGAUAUCUCCUCAAAAACGGCUUGUAUAAAAUUUUCUCAAUGAACAGGAGGAAGUCCUCGGCUAGGAUGUCCUGAAAUUCCUUGCAGAAUUUUCAUACAAGAUAUUUUCAAGGAGAUAUUAGCUGAGGAAAAUCUAGGCUUGAGGAAAUCUGAAAUUGAGAUAUUUUAUACAAGUGGGACCUGGUGUAUAGAUUUGACAGGUUAACUAGUUUUCAAUCCAGCUAGCAGUUGUCUAUUUUGAUGACAUUACAGCAAAAAGUUCAUAGUAAUUACUUAAAAAUAUACAAUCAUUGUUUUGACAGUAACAUGGGAUGAAUAUAUCAUUUAUUUUCAGUAAUGAUUGCUCUUACAGAAGAUAAACAAUGAUGUUGUAAGUACAGAUAUGUACUGAUG